AUGGGCAUUAGAUUAGAAUUUCUGCUUAUUUUUCUCAAGUGGCCGCAGGUAACUUGUGUUAAGCUUCGCACGCAUUGGGGAUCCAUCGAUGCUUACCCAAGAGAUGUGGCGGCUGAAAAAAGAGGUGACAGAGUGGGGCCUGCCCCGGGCCAGGGGGAGUGGCAUCUUUCAAAGGGAAUUUGUAGGGAUGGACUAAAAUUUGAAAACACACUAUGGGCACGGUGGGUUCUACCAGGCCAUGCGCCUGGGGCUUUUGGGGUGCGAAUUAUAAACGUCCCAAACGCCGUGGCGGCUAUAAUUGCCUGCGGAAAGGCGGCAAAAAGGCACCCCGGGGCUAUCAAACCCUUGGGUGUUCUGGUAAGUGACGAUUUGCUUUUGAGCCUAUCAUCCUCCACGGCGCUUCGCACCAAGCCGCAGCUUAGAUAA